UCGGAGCUGCCCCACAUUUGCGCUAACUGAGCAUCUUGAAACAGAGAUGAAUUUUCCUAUUUUACUUUGUGUGUUGCUGUUGUUCUGUGGCUUAACUUUUGCCCAGGGUGACAGCAAUGACCCCGACACGGAAAAACAGGGUCCAACACAGUCAUGCUUCCCUGACUUGUGUAAUUUGCUAAAAGAGUUUGGUGCCAUGAAAGAAAAACUGGAAUCUGUGGAAGCGAAAAUGAAGGAGAGUCAAACCGAGAUUCUUGAACUGAAGAACAAAGCCCAAAACAAGAUCGCCUUCAGUGCAGCCACAGGUGGUUCAGGCCACAUUGGACCUGUCAACACAGACACAACCUUAAUAUUCAGAACAGUGAUAACAAAUGUUGGCAAUGCUUACAAUCCAUUAACAGGCAUCUUCACUGCACCUGUUGCGGGUAUUUAUUACUUUACCUUCUUUUAUCACGCCGGAGGUUCCAACCCAGUGAGUUUGUUCCUCAUCAAGAAGAGUGAAGUGGUCGUGACGGCCCAUGACCACCGUACGCUGCAGGAUGGAGCUGAUAACGGAGGCAACGCAGUGUUUCUGCAGCUGCAGCAAGGAGACCAGGUCUAUGUGCGCUUGGGUGCAAAUACCCACGUUUGGGGAAACAAUGACAUUACUACCUUCAGCGGAGCUCUCAUCAGCCAAACUUAAGGGCGUAAACAAUAAUGUGACAAAUCAUUGCAAAUUUAAAUGACUAAUAUAUGAAAUAUAUAAUCCCUCAAUGUUUAAUUGUUUUCAUUAUCCAGGCCUGGAUAAUCCAGGCUGGAUUGUCUUGUACCCCAUACAGUACUACCAAAACUCAGUGGUGGUCUAUCUCAGUGGAUCUGAGCUGUGUUUAGAUUAUUACCAGAGUUGAGAUUUCAAAUGCAGAUGUUGGUUCUAAUAAUGUGCAGCAAAAUAAUUUGAUCCAUGGUGGCUGAUUUGACAUGGUCAAACAUUCAACAUUCACAGAAGUGAACAGCUACUGGCAUCAGUGUGUGAAUGUGAGAGUGCAUGGGUGAAUGAGAAGCUACUGUAGAGCGCUUUGGAUGCCUGAAGGGUGUUUAAAUGUGCAAUAUAAAUGUGGACCAUUUGCCACUUCACCAUUUACUGUACUUUAACUACAGUUAGUGCUCAUCUGACAGUGAUAAAAGAAAUAGCAUUUGUGGGUUUUUCUCAUUACUGUCCAAGUGAAUCAUUAAUGUCCUUCAACAUAUGAUAUUUGAAAAGAAUAAUAAAAGCUUUGACUUUUA